AUGAUCCCAACACCCGAUCUAUCCCACUUGAACAGUAAAGAUUUCAGAAACAUAUACGAGCCUGCAGAGGAUACGUUCUUGCUGCUCGACGCUUUAGAACAAGAUCAGGAUGAAUUGCGCGCACUUCACCCCAGCAUAUGUCUUGAAUUAGGGUCUGGAAGCGGAUGUGUGACGACAUUUUUGGGCUCAUUGCUAAAGCCAAGUCUAGCAUAUAUGGUGACGACGGACAUCAAUCCGCAUGCAGCUGUAGCGACCGUGGCGACAGGCAAGAAAAACGGAAUUUCAAUAGAUACUGUAGAAACUUCCCUUGUUCAAGGCCUACUCCCUCGAAUGCGUCACUCUAUAGAUGUAUUAUGCUUUAAUCCCCCUUACGCCGUUACACCUUCAUCUGAAAUUGCUGGUAAUGGAAUUGAGGUGUCUUGGGCCGGCGGUAUUGAUGGACGCGAAGUCAUUGAUGCCACGCUCCCAUUUGUUAAGGAAUUGCUGAGUGAGAAGGGCAUAUUUUAUUUACUGCUUGUCAGCGAUAAUAAGCCUGAUGAGGUGGUCAGUUUGUUGCAAGUGGAAGGUUUCAACGCGCACAUAUGUCUCCAACGCUUGGCCGGUCGAGAAAAGCAAUUGAUUGUCAAAGUAACGCGGCGAACUUGA